CGUCGGUUUUGUUCUCUGGUGACGUCACUUGCAGAGUUGUCAUGGCGUCGUCGAGGCUGAAGCUAUCGUUGCAGUUUAGCUAAAAAAAAAUCUGUCGACAGGCUUUUAACCGAAAUGGAGCAAAAUGCAAACCUGCAUCGAGACGCUGAGGUGACGUCUAUAUGUGCCACGAUUGCAGCCGAAAUGGCCGACGUUACGGCUGGGGGCGAAGUGAAAGGAUCCCUCGAUAAAUUGAAGAAUAGUGAAGCUCCCCUCAGCACUUUGGAUACCGUUGGUUGUGGGAUCAGCGCUACAAAUGCUAGUUUACCGAGCGGCGUUGUUCAGAGCUCAGAGAAGUCUGAACCUGUAAGAUCUGACCAAGAGGAUCGGAUGGAGAGAGGCGAUGCGAGCCAACCGUUGCUGCGGAGCGAGGAUCAUAUCAGUAACGGGAUGGGGCAUGACUUGGAGCAGACGGCAGCAGACUGCCAGGGAGGUGCCUCAAAGUUAGUAAACAACAAAGAUGACUGCCCUUCCUCACCUUCAGCUAAAGAGAGCACACAUGUAAAGGCUGAUGGAGUCUGUGGAGAGAGUGAGCAGACAGAACUUGCCAAACCAACUGCUCUGUGUCCGGACGUUAAAUCUGGACAGUCCGGCGAUCACACCUUGUCGGAAGGACCGCCGAGUGGGAGUGACCCAGACCCCAGCCUCGGCGGAGAGUCCAGGAGCAUAGAUUCACUGGAGUCUUUCUCCAAUCUAAACUCCUGUCCCAGCUCCGAGGGGCUGGAGGACAAGGGACUGGCCUUGGCCUUGCAGAGCGACUACGCCUCCGAUGGGACAAAGACCUCCUUCGCUAAAGACCGCACCGCCGGACAGUCUAUAUACCACAUAAAGUGGAUCAAAUGGAGGGAGGAGAACACACCGAUCAUCACUCAAAACGAGAAUGGCCCCUGUCCAUUACUGGCCAUCAUGAAUGUUCUUCUACUUGCAUGGAAGGUCAAAAUACCUCCCAUGAUGGAAAUUAUAACUGCUGAGCAACUGAUGGAGUAUCUUGGCGACUACAUCCUGGAAACCAAGCCUAAGGAGAUAUCUGAGGUUCAGCGGUUGAACUAUGAGCAGAACAUGAGUGAUGCCAUGGCUGUGCUUCACAAGCUGCAGACAGGUCUGGACGUAAAUGUGAAGUUCAUAGGUGUGCGAGUCUUUGAAUACACCCCAGAAUGCAUUGUGUUUGACCUUCUCGACAUCCCUCUUUACCACGGCUGGCUUGUCGACCCCCAGAUGCAGGACAUUGUCAAAGCCGUAGGCAACUGCAGCUACAACCAGCUGGUGGAGAAGAUAAUAUCCUGCAAACAGUCAGAAAACAGCGAGCUGGCAGGGGAAGGCAUUGUGGCGGAGCAGUUCCUGAGCAGCACAGCCACUCAGCUCACUUACCAUGGCUUAUGUGAGCUCACCUCCACUGUGCAAGAAGGAGAGCUCUGUGUCUUUUUCAGGAAUAACCACUUUAGCACCAUGAUCAAAUACAAGGGUCAACUUUACCUUCUGGUUACUGACCAGGGUUUCCUGACAGAGGAGAAGGUUGUCUGGGAGAGUCUGCACAACGUUGACGGAGAUGGAAACUUCUGUGAUUCAGAGUUCAGGUUGCGGCCUCCAUCUGAUCCAGAGACAGUGUACCGUGGACAGCAGGAUCAGAUAGACCAGGACUAUUUGAUGGCACUCUCCCUGCAGCAGGAACAGCAAAGCCAAGACCUGCAGUGGGAGCAACUGCCUGAAGGCAUCAGUGACCUGGAGCUGGCCAAAAAGCUUCAGGAGGAGGAGGACAGACGGGCGUCCCAGUACUAUCAGGAGCAGGAGCAGGAGGAAGCGGCAGCUGCACAGGCACAAGCACAGGAGCAGGUGGACGGAAGCGAGGUGGACAGAGGAGGAGCUGCAGCCAGUGCGGCAGCAGCAGCUGGUGCCGGGGCCACAGCGAACAGCGGGGCCACACCCAGCCCAGGGAAACAGUCCUCAGGUGGGGAGCGCAAAGCCAAGAAGGAGCUGAAAGAAAAGGACAAGUGUGUUAUUUUGUAACACACAGAGAAUCUCAGUGUGUGUAUGUGUGUGUGUGAGUGUUGUUUGCAUUUUCUUAUCUGUGUGAAAGAGACAGCACUGGUCUCCCUGCAAACUGGACUCACAGGGUGCGGCAAACGUAGGGACGGAUGGACCUUACUACCAGAAGACUGGCUGUUCCCCAAAACCACUGGUGCCUGUUAUCCUCAAUCCUCAGUGGAGAAGGACCGUCGGAGGAAGGGACGCUACAACAACAGUGACUGGUCUUUCAUAGAGAUGGCCAAACUUUCUUACAAGCCGUUCACUUCACUCAAACACCUGCUGGUUUCAUUCUACCUGGAGCGGUGCGUUUUAUAGAAAGCAACCGAGUUUUUCAUUUCGUUUUUUUCACUCAUGCAGCUUAUAAGCUUUGUUGUUUUGUUUUGUUUUUGUCGGCAGCAAUAGUUAGAAAACAUAGUUUGAAAGAUUCACUUUUGAAUUUAAUCAGCUGUUGAUGCCAAGAUACCAGUCUGAUUUAUUUAUCAGUUAUACAGGUAGCUUUUGGGAGCAUUUUUUUGUUUUUGUAAGCCAAUAAGGGAUUUUAACCCGUUGGAUAGCAGCUGUUACACCACUGCAGAAACACUACAAACUGAGGGUUAAAAAAGCCAGAUAGCUGCCAGACACUGUAGCUGUCUAAUAAGACUUUAUGACCACAGUUCGCUCUGCUCGGAUUUGCCUUACCGGAGUUUGGCAUCAUUGUAUUCUGCUGUCUGAAUGUGAAUGCGUGAUUUUUUAAGUGCAGUACAUUAAGUAAUACAAUAGUGUGUGGUGUGCGUUCACUGAACACCGUUAUUGGGACAAGUUUAAGUUUGGAAAUCCACUUUUUUGUUUUGUCUUUUGGCAGCGUAUUUGGUAGUUUUGUUAUGUGUUCAGCACGACUAUCUUUGGCAGAUAAGAUUACAAUUUUUAGGGUGAGUGCAGAAGGCCUUAAAUUUUUCACUUGAGAACAUCAGCUUUCUGAUGAGUUGCUGGACUUUUCCUGAGAAAAGAGAAGAAUACAUGAAUCCUUCAAUGCUACAGCUGAAUGAUCCUACGGUUGUUCUGGCCUCAACAGUCAGUCAGCACUAGGAAGCAUCAAACAAUCUCGAUCAAUUAUCCCAAAAUAAUUUCAUUUCAGUAAUUUAAUUCUAAACUUAAACUCAUUAUCUAGUUAUUUAAGACUGACCUGUGUUUUCCUUUUUUUUUUAUUUUUUUUUAUUUCGAUCAUUUUAGCUUAUUUCCAAUAAAAUCAGUCAGUUUGUCAGAACAUUAAAAUAUUGCACAAGAAUGAUACAAAAGGGUUUAUGAUGCAACCCACUAAGAAGUACAUCAAUAUGCAGUAGAUCCACAUAAUAUGUUUCCUUUUCUAAGAGUACAGCAUCAGUCCAUCACGGCUCUCAUUCUUCCUCUUGAUUCUGAGACCUUCAGUUUCUCAAGAAAUGCAAAAUUUACUUGAUCUCUGAGGUCCAGGGUCAUCAACAAAGAUGACCUCUAACCUCUGAGAAACAUUGCUGUCCCUUCUGUUGCAAUAGGAGCGGAUGGUAUCAUCUUUUGGUUCAGGAAUACGACAGUUGUAGCUCGUGCCAUGGUGACGUACUCUUGAAUGGGCUUUGCUUCAUGGGUCUCUUAGGCUGUGAUUAUCACUGUUGCUUUUGUACAUUUUUUGUCUUAGAUUUUCCUUCCACUGAAAUAUAAAGUCAGCAUUUGUUUGCACAGGUCAAAAUAUAAAACUCUGGAAAUUGAAAUUAUUUGGAUUGGCAAUAGGCAAAAUUUCUAGAGGAUAAUUUUAAAGUUUUUCAGUAGCUGGAAGGCACGAGCCCUCAAAUUUAACAACUUUUUUGGGUAUAUCUCUCUUUUUGAUGACCUUUCUAUAAAGUAGGCUGCAGCUGCAGGUUCUUAGGGAGUAGAGCUUUAGGUUUACUGGCAGAUGCUUGUUGGUUCCAUGUAUUCUGCUGCUCUGCAUCCAGGUUAGACAAGGAAAAAAUAGAAUGGAGUUCUUUUUCAAAAUGAUAAUAGUUUAUUUGCAAUUCUUGGAUAUUUGUUGACUAAACCUGCAUUUUAUUCCUGAUCUGUGAUUGGAUAAGACAAAUAGCUGAGGUUUAAGGUCAGACUGCACUGCUGAGAGCCGACUUGGUGCCAAACUAAGGCCGUGCAGCGGUAUUCAUCUGGCUUUGUGUUAAAUCUCUUACUCUUAGCAUAACUUUGCUCUCUAAUGUUUUUAGGGACUGGAUGUGUAUGAUAUUUUUGGAGUUUAAGGCCUUAAUGUUGAAAUUCACUAAUGUAGUGCUUGGAGGUUCAACAUUAAAACUCUUUGCAGUCCCUUUCCCACCUGUGUGCGUUUCUCUGCAAGACUGAGCAUGAGAACGGGUUGAGCCAGUUGUUUGUGCCAUGAUUGUGUCAUGGGACUGCCUCCCGAGACAUUCUUCUAUCUAUACAUUCCAGCUGGAUGCCUUGACUCAAUCACUCCAUCAUAGACUCAAGACUUCACCACAGAGGGUCUUUGCUACGUUUGUGAAACCAUCUCCCUUAUUCUCUCGACUGAAUACAGAUCGACUGUUAGAGCAGGAGGAAAACAUGGUGGCGACCCCCUUGCAGGAGCUCUGAGACAAUCCAUACAUAUUUUUUCACAACAGAACUACUCUCAGGCCCUCUUUACAAAGGGACAUAUCCUGGUGUCUUUUUCUAGCUUGUAUGCUUUUUAACGGCACAGUUCCUCGGCCUGCAGCUGCUUCCUCAGUCACAGCUUUCUAGUACUUGUAUAUGUAUGAACACAAGACUUUCUUGACACUUUGAAGAAUUUAAUACUUAACCAUUAAGUUGUGAUCCACACACUACAACCAGUGAACUGGCUGCCUAAAUAAAGACCCCCACCCCCGCCGGACAGGGUUUAAUAGCAUCAGUGUGUGCACUUUUCU